UGGCUGGGGUGAUGGACCGGGUGCUGUGGCCACAGUGGCAGAGCCAGCGCUUGAGCUCGAGCGACGGCUCUGGUGGAGAUGCCACCUGCUCGUCUGCUCCCCGCUGUUUCUCCAACAAGGAUUCCUGUACACCUUGGAAGUACUCAUGGACGAGUGAUGAAGCUAGGCAUGAAACCUCCGUCUCACAGCUGCAUGUGUAGUCAUUGUUGAAGUGAAGCAAAUGCCUAUCUAAUUUGACAGUCUUGGUGUGUUUAAUCAUUUUGAGUUUGCAAGUGAGCAUAUUAAGUCUACUGAUGGAGCCUUCCAGCAGUGAACAGUUAUAUGAGGACCCUGAUCCUGGAGGCAAACCCCAAGAUGCAGAGGCCAGAAAGCAGACAGAAUCUGAACAAAAAUUGUCUAAAAUGACCCACAAUGCUUUGGAGAACAUUAAUGUGAUUGGCCAAGGCCUGAAGCAUCUCUUCCAGCACCAGUGCAGGAGGUCAUCAGUGUCUCCACAUGAUGUGCAGCAAAUUCAGGCAGAGCCAGAACCUGAAAUGGAUUUGGAGAGCCAGAACACAUGUGCUGAGAUUGACUGUGUCUCCACCCACCCCACAGCUCUGAAUUGAGUUCUGCAGCAGAUGCGAGUGCCACCCAAGAUGAAGAGAGGGAUGAGCUUGCUUAGUAGGCAGGGCAGGCCAGAAGCCCCAAAGGGAAGUCCCCAAAUCAACAGGAGAUCUGGCCAGGAGAUGGCAGCUGUUACGCAGUCAGGUUGGCCCAGGUCUUCAUCCACGACAGAUGCUCCUAGCAGCUCAGCUGUGAUGGAAAUAGCUUGUGCUGCUGCUGCUCCAUGUCUACCAGGAGAGGAGGCAACUGCAGAGUGGGUCGAGUGGUUGGAAGUAAGCAGCCUUGCCCACACUUCCAGUGCAGUGGCCUCUAGCACUGAUGGCAGCAUCCACACGGACUCUGUGGAUGGAACUCCAGACCCUCAGCAUACAAAGGCUGCCAUUGCUCACCUACAGCAGAAGAUCCUGAAGCUCACAGAACAGAUCAAGAUUUCCCAGACAGCUCGGGAUGACAACAUUGCCGAGUACUUGAAGCUUGCCAACAGUGCAGACAAGCAGCAGGCAGCCCGCAUCAAGCAAGUCUUUGAGAAGAAGAACCAGAAAUCCUCCCAAACCAUCCUCCAGCUACAAAAGAAACUUGAGCACUAUCACCAGAAGCUCCGGGAGGUAGAACAGAAUGGGAUCCCGUGGCAGCCAAAGGAUGUCUUCAGGGACAUGCACCAAGGUCUGAAGGAUGUGGGAGCAAAGGUGACUGGCUUCAGUGAGGGUGUGGUGGACAGUGUCAAGGGUGGACUCUCCAGUUUCUCCCAGGCCACCCAUUCAGCAGCAGGGGCUGUGGUCUCAAAGCCCAGAGAGAUCGCCUCAUUGAUUCGGAAUAAAUUUGGCAGUGCAGACAACAUCUCUAAUAUGAAGGACUCUUUAGAGGAAGGGUAAGUGGAGGAUGGGGGGAAGACUUUGGGAGUGAUUUCAAACUUUCAGUCGAGUCCAAAAUAUGGUAGUGAGGAAGAUUGUUCUAGUGCCACAUCAGGUUCAGUGGGAGCCAACAGCACGACUGGGGGAAUUGCUGUAGGAGCAUCCAGCUCCAAAACAAAUGCCCUGGACAUGCAGAGCUCAGGAUUUGAUGCACUACUACAUGAGAUCCAGGAAAUCUGGGAAACCCAGGCCAGACUAGAGGAAUCCUUUGAGACCCUCAAGGAACAUUAUCAGAGGGACUACUUAAUUAUGCAGACCUUACAGGAGGAGCGAUAUAGGUGUGAACGAUUAGAAGAACAACUUAAUGACUUAACAGAACUCCACCAGAAUGAAAACUUGAACUUGAAGCAAGAAUUGGCCAGCAUGGAAGAGAAGAUCGCAUAUCAGUCCUAUGAACAGGCCCGGGACAUCCAGGAGGCCCUGGUGGUGUGCCAGACCCGCAUCUGUAAGAUUGAACUACAGCAGCGGCAGCAGCAGGUGGUGCAGCUGGAAGGGCUGGAGAAUGCCACUGCCCGGAACCUUCUGGGCAAACUCAUCAACAUCCUUCCAGCCAUCAUGGCGGUCCUUUUGGUCUUUGUCUCCACGGUGGCCAACUGCGUGGUUCCCCUCAUGAAGACUCGCAACAGGACGUUCAGCACUUUAUUCCUUGUGGUUUUCAUUGCCUUUCUCUGGAAGCACUGGGAUGCCCUGUUUAGCUAUGUGGAACAUUUCUUUUCAUCCCCCAGAUGAUGCUGGCACAAGAAGGCAGCUGCUCCCCUACCCUCUGGUGAGUGCAUGCAGUGAAGAAUUAGACAGCAACUUACAUUCUCUGAAGUUUUCUACAACACGAAAGAGUUGAGUGAAUCUGUUUACAUUUAGAAUAAUGUUUUUUUUUCUUCAAGAGAUGCAAUUGCAAUAGUAUUUUUUAGAUUUUAUCCAAGAAGUUUUUUGGGCAAAAAUCUUGGACCAUUUUUAAGUAGCAUGAUUUUCCUUGGAGUGCAAAUCUUAUAACAGUCCUUUAAUAUGAACCAACAAUCUGGAGCACACUGAAGGGCAUUCUAAAUUGUGGCUUGAAUGACUGCACUAAACUCACUAAAAAGAUGAGAAAACCUGACUAGGGCAAACCAGUUCAUCCUAGUCCUCUGCCUUGUCUGGGCUCACCACCUUUCCUGCUCCCAGACUAACUUUACUGUGAAAUCCUAUCAUAUUCCAUGUCUGAAUUUUUGGAUUCAGGGUGGAUUUUUCUUGUCCGUGGAAGAACACAUGGAUCUCCCUGACUUUCUCACCCAUGUUGGGCACUCAUGCUAACCCUGGAAGUAUGAUCACUUUUGAACCUGGUCCCUUAACAACUCUGCUAGGAUACAAAAGUGAGAGCAUCAUGCCCCACAGGAUCACUGCACAGCCCUACUACGGUAUUUUGAAGUAGCCCUCUAAAUACUUAAUUUUAAGCAAAAUUCUUUGG